AUGACAACCGAGACUUUUGGCCGAUGCACGAGAUCAAAGGCCUCGCCAGAAAGCAUUUGUAGUUUUGGUGAAGCCAAUGAAGAGGACACAAUUUUCGUCCUUUCUGGAGGAGAAGGUCUUUCAAGAGGCAGGCCAAAUGCAUUCGAAUUGCGUGCUGAGGCUUUGUGCACAUUUCGCCGUGGACAACCCAACUACACCGUCUUCCAACCCCUAAAGCGGCCUAAGGCGACUAGAGUUCAUAUAAACGAUGUUUGUAAUGAAUACUUGGAAUCUUUUGGUACUUCAUGCCUUAUGUUGGAUCUGCCGCCGAGCCUGGCUUGA